UUGGAAACACAUUUUAGUAUCAGCGCUCGACUGGAGCUCUGCACUGACUUCUCUUUGCAAAUUACUUCAAGCUGGUAAAAGAAUGAUGAUCAGAAUUGUGUUUGCAGUGCUGCUGCCUGCAGCAGCUUAUCAGUCCCCUCUGCCCAGAGACUGUAGUGACAUCUACAGAGGCGGCGCAGGCCUGGAUGGAGUCUACACCAUCUAUCCAGCUGGCUCCACCUCUGCUGUGCAGGUUUACUGUGACAUGAGCAAAGACGACGUUGACAACUCUGCAGAAAAGUGGACGGUGAUUCAGAGAAGACAAGAUGGGACAGUGAACUUCUACAUGAAGUGGGAUCACUACAAAACUGGAUUUGGCAGUGCUGCUGGAGAGUACUGGCUGGGCCUGGAGACAAUGCACCUGCUGACCCAAACCAAGAACUAUGAGCUGAGGGUCGACAUGGAAGAUUUUGAGGGCCAGAAGGUCUUUGCCCAUUACUCCUCUUUCUCUGUUGGUCCAGAGUCAGAUGGAUAUAAACUAAACUUGGGAAGUUUCAUCAAGGGUGCAGCAGGAGACUCUCUAAGUAUUCACAAUGGAAUGAAAUUCACCACCAUUGACAAAGAUCAAGAUACACAUCCUUCAAACUGUGCCAGGGUGUGCUAUGGAGGAUUCUGGUACAGUGCGUGCUAUGCUGCAAACCCCAAUGCUAUCUACAUGUGGGGGUCUUCGCCCACUUUAACUGGUGUGCACUGGAGAACUUUUAAAGGGCUUGAAUACUCCCUAAAAACCAUGAUAAUGAAGAUUCGACCAGUUGCCACAUAAAAAGCUGGUUCUCUGUUGUGCUCAGUAGCCACUUUAAAAUUCUGAUUUUAUGUGCAGAGCAUUGCAUUCUCAGGCUCCCCCAUACAGCAUGUUAUUAUCUCGUUCACAAUCAGUUGUAAGCUCGCUCACUUAGAUUGCGUCCCAUGGACCAGCCAUAGACAGCAUAAAACAUGGACAUAGCUUCCGGUUUGGCAAAACAAAGCCAGUCCUUAAGUGCCUUAAACCUGGAUUCUCUCUGAAGGAACCAGGUGGUGACCUUAUAGAAGUCUGUUGGAUAACAGCUUUCUGUUUUGACCUCUGUAAACACUUUAUUUUGUGUCAUAUUGAAUACAUAAAUCUUGGUCAUACCAUGUUUCCAAAUGGAGGCUUAUCUGUGGCAUGAAAUCACACGCUCAUUGGUUAACAAGCUGUCAAUCACGAGUCACGGUCACACCCGGCCCUUCUCGUCACAUCUGGCUUUUUGUAUAGAAGAUGUGACGGUGGAAACGCUCGUCUCAGGGCUUCAAACUGGGAUUUCAGAAACAAGUGGAUGACGUCACGGUAAAAGCUACAUCCAUAUUUUACGCAGCCUAAGCCUGCCCUGACUUGAAGAUUUUCAGGUCAUGUGGAUGCUUUUUAAAGUGAGCUAAAUACAUGUUUGUUUAGGAGUUAAUUUGGGUGAUACGAGUUUGCUGGGCCUGCAUUUACACCAUGUUUUAUUAAUUCUUGAGCCCUGCUUUUACUGGCAGAUAUUCAUGGUGCAGUUUGUAUUGUUAAUUCUGUCAUUGUAUGCUGUAGAAAUAAAGUUUCCUUG